CACAGAUGAGGGUCUCUUUUUCAGCUUUUUUUCCUUUCGAUUUUGAUUUGAAUGUGUAGGUGUUGAAAUGGCGUCAAGUUCAGCGAGUAAUCUGAGGAUUGCUCUGCCAGGAAAGAAUGGAUCAGAAAACAGACGAUCAUCAGAUGGAUCAUCAGUGGAUGGUUCAAAAAGAGGAGACGACAAAGAGAAGAAGGAUUCUGAUCUCAGUGAGAGCACAAAAACAGCAAGUGAUGGAGUGACGACUACUGGAAAAGCAAAGCUGAACAUUGUGCUGUGUGGAAAUAAUCCAACACUCAAGAACUCAGUGUCUAAAAUGUUUAGAGGGAAACCAAGUAAAUCUCAGAAAGAGAUGAGUAAAGUGUGUCAGAAGAGAGAGGGAACGAUUCAUGGACGACAGAUCAGUGUAAUAGAGCUUCCAGCUCUCACUCGGCUCUCAGAGGAGGAAGUGAUGCGGGAGACUUUACAAUGUCUGUCUCUCUGUGAUCCUGGAGUUCAUCUUUUCAUCCUCAUUACCUCUGUCUGUCCUCUUACUAAUGAAGACAAAGCAGAAAUGGAGAAGGUUAAAAGAAUAUUUAAUUCUAAUGAGCACUUCAUGGUGCUUUUCACUACAGAAAUUGACCAAAGUGUCAUAGAUUUUGUGAGUCUCUAUGGGAGCUGGCACAGCGUGGUGCCGUUAAAGGACCAGAGGAACUCAGAAAAGAUCUCAGACUUGUUUGAUCGUAUAGAGAGCAUGAAGACUGAUCCCUAUUCUCUUCAGACAUAUAUAAGAGCUCCAGAGAAAAGAGUCAGACAGGAACUGGAGGAGAAACUGACAGUGAAAGAUAAUGAAAUCAAAGAGUUACAGAAGAAGAUCAAGACAGUGGAGUGUGUGAAGCUGAAUCUGGUUGUGUGUGGGAGUAACAGAGAGUUAAAAUCCUUCAUAUUAAACCUGAUCCUGAAUCAGAGUGAGAGAAGAUCAGAGCUCAGCUCAGAGUGUGUGAGGAGAGACGUGGAGCUUCAUGGACGUCUGAUCAGUCUGGUGGAGCUUCCAGCUCUGUUCAACACUCAGCUCUCAGAGGAGGAAGUGAUGCGUCAGACUCACCGCUGUGUGUCUCUCUGUCAUCCUGGAGUUCAUGUUUUCAUCAUCAUCAUUCCUGAUGCUCCAAUUAGCAAUGAAGACAAAACAGAAAUAGAGGAGAUCCAGAGGAUAUUCAGCUCAAGAAUCAACAAACACAUCAUGAUCCUCAUAAAGCAGAAUUCAGAGCAUCAGACAGAAAAACUGAAUGAAGAAACACAGUCUGUCAUUGAGAGAUUUGGAGGACGACAUCAUUUCAUUAGGUCUAAAACACAAGUGUCUGUGUUGAUGGAGAAACUGGAGCAGAUGGUUGAGGAAAAUAGUGGUGUUUGUUUCUCCACAGAGACAUUGAUGAUGCUGAAAUUUGAAGAAUUAAAAAGGAGAAUCCAUCCAUUAGAGAGUUUGUUUCGGUUACAAGAUUCAAGUGAACGAGAAGAUGAUCUGAGGAUUGUGCUGCUGGGAAAAACUGGAGCUGGGAAGAGUUCAACUGGAAACACCAUCUUAGGAAGAAAAGCAUUUAAAGCAGAAGCAGCUCAUGAGUCUGUCACUAAAGUGUGUCAGAAAGUGAGAGCUGAAAUCAAUGGCAGACACAUUACUGUAAUCGACACUCCAGGACUGUUUGAUACUGAACAUAGUAAUGAAGAAAUACAGAGAGAAAUCAGCAACUGCAUCCCCAUGAUCCUGCCUGGACCACAUGUGUUCAUCAUUGUGAUCAAUUUAGGACAACGAUUCACUCAAGAGGAGGAAAAAUCAGUGAAGAUCAUCCAAGAGACAUUUGGUGAAAACUCUUUAAAAUACACCAUGGUGCUCUUCACCAGAGGAGAUGAUCUGAAUGAUAAAACCAUUGAACAGUUUCUGGGAAAACCUGGAUCUGCUUUGAAUCAGAUGAUUGAAUCGUGUGGAAACAGAUUCCAUGUGUUCAAUAAUAAACAGACUGGAGACCAAACACAGGUGACUGAUCUACUGCAGAAGAUAGACAACAUGGUGAAAGUAAACGGAGGGAGUUACUACUCAUGUAAGAUGUUCAGAGAGAUGGAAAGAGAAUUACAAGAAAAACAAAAAAAGAUACUGAUGGAGAAAGUGGAGCAAGUGAACAGAGAAAAAGAAGAACUGAUGAACAAACAUGAAGAAGAGAAAAAGAAGAUGACGAUGGUGAUGGAGAAAGAAAGACAGAAUCAUGAGAAAAAGAGAAAGAGAAAAGAAGAAGAAUUUAUUGAGAGAGAAGAACGGUAUAAAAGAGACAUUAAAGAAAGAGAGGAUCAAGAGAGAACAAUACGAGAAGAGCUGAAGAAAGAACGAGAGGAAUGGGAUAAACAGAAACAACAGGAAAGACAAAGAAGAGAAGAAGACGAGGAGAAAUGGAGAAGGAAAGAACAGGAAAUGUGGGAUGAAUGUAAUCAGAGACUUAAACAGGUAGAAAAGAGAAUGGAAAGAGAGAAAGAAGUUCUUCUUUCCAAACAUGAAGAAGAGAAAGUGAGACUGAAGAUGAUGAUGGACAAAGAAAGACAGAAUCACGACAAAGAGACAAAGAGAAGAGAAGAGGAAUAUGUCAAAGCUGAAGAACAAUACAGAAGAGAUAUUCAAUACAUAGAGAAACAAGAAAGAAAGAUACGAGAGGAGAUGAGGAGAGACCGAGAGGAAUGGGAGAAACAGAAACAACAGGAAAGACAAAGAGAAGAAGAGAAAGAAACGCAUACAUUUACUGAACUUCAGACACAAAUUCAAGAGGUUCAGCCCACAAACAAUGAUGAAGAUUCACCAGAUUCAGGAUGUUUGAGAAUCUUGCUGUUUGGGAGGACAGGAGGUGGAAAGUCUGCCACAGGAAACACUAUCCUCGGAAAUGAUGAGUUUCACAGUGAAGCCAGUUCACAGUUGGUGACCACUGUUUGUCAGAAGGGAGUUGGUGAAGUUGAUGGUCAAUCAGUAGCUGUUAUUGAUACUCCAGGACUCUUUGACCCCUCACUGACAAAAGAACAAAUGCAGGAAGAAAUAAUUAACUGUAUUUCACUGUCAGCACCUGGACCACAUGUGUUCAUCAUUGUGCUGAGUGUGGGAAGAUUCACACCAGAGGAGAAAGACACUUUAGACAUGAUCAAGAUGAUCUUUGGCCCAAAAGCAGCAGAUUUCUGCAUUGUCCUCUUCACUAGAUUAGAUAGUCUGAGAGGACAAACAAUAAAACAAUAUGUAGACAGAAGCAAAAAUGAUGAACUCAAGAAACUGAUCAGUGACUGUGGAAACAGAUUCCUGGCUUUUAACAACACAGAAACACAAGAUCAGACACAAGUUACUCAGCUGGUAAAUAUGAUAGAAGAGAUGAAUCAGGGCCAAACUUUCACUAAUGAGAUUUUCAAGGAGGUAGCGGUCUCUAUUGAACAGAGAAUGGAAAUGAUAGAAGAGAAUGAAAGAAAGAUUCAGACUCAAGUUGAAGAAUUAGAAGCCAGAUAUGACACGAAAGACCAUCGAAUGAGAAUGAGACUGGAGGAGAAGAAACAAAAGAUAGAUGAGGAAAGAGAAAGGCCAGAAAACAAGUUCAGAAAAAGAGAGGAAACACUCAGGAGAGAGUUUGAGGAGAAAGAAAAAUCAGAGCAGAAGAAACGAGAGACGGAGGAUCAGAAACGAUCAGAAGAGGAGAAACAGCAAAGAGCUGAAUAUGAUAAAAGAAUAGAGGAGAUGAAGAGAGAGAUUGAAAAUCAGAGAAUACAGUAUGAAAAACAACAAAAAGAAAGAGAAGAAGAAGAUAGAAAGAAAGAAGAAGAAUAUAAACAAGAUCAAGAAAAGAUGAAAAAUGAUCAUGAACGUAUUAUAGCAGAAUUACAGAUGAAACAGAAAGAGGAAAUAAAAAAGAGAGAUUCAGAGGAACAAAUGAGGAAAAAACAAGAAAAGAGAGAGAGAAGAAUGGAAGAAAAAUAAAAGAGGCUGAAAAUGACAAAGAGACUCAAGAGGAAAUUAAACGACAGCAGAGAGAAUGGGAGGAAGAGAAGGAACAACAGAUGAGAGAACGAGAGGUAGAGG